UAAUGAGUUCUAUCAUGGGUUCUCUAUCGUCUCUUCCACCCUCAAAUUUCCCGAUGACGACGGCCGCCGCGGCUCUCCGUCCCGCACGAGUCGUAUCUGCUGUUAUAACUCGCCGCUGGCAACCACCCACUACUUGCAAUUUCUGUUAUUCAACCCCUCCUAAAACCCUAUCCUCUCCAUCACAUAUAAGGACGGCUAUCUCCGUCGCUUCUACAAGCGAAACUGUACCAUUGGAAACUGAAGCUGCUGCCUCUCUCCCGAUCAAGAAGGUUUUGAUCCCAAUUGGGUUUGGUACAGAAGAAAUGGAAGCUGUUAUAAUGGUGAAUGUGCUGCGUCAAGCUGGUGCAGAUGUGGUUCUUGCUUCAGUGGAGCCUGAACUAGAAGUCAAGCUCUCUGGUGGUACCAUACUUGUUGCUGAUGUAUCCAUUUCUGAAUGUUCGGAUCAAAUUUUUGAUCUUGUUGCACUUCCUGGAGGCAUGCCUGGUUCUGUUCGUCUAAGAGAUUGUAGUACACUUGAAGCUAUUACCAAGAAGCAAGCUGAGGAGAAACGGCUAUAUGGGGCUAUUUGUGCUGCUCCAGCCGUCACACUUUUGCCCUGGGGUCUUCUGAAGAGAAAGAAAACAACUUGUCAUCCAGCAUUUUGGCACAAACUUCCAACUUUCCGCGCCGUUAAAACAAAUCUUCAAGUUUCCGAAGGAUUAACAACCAGUCGGGGCCCUGGUACUUGCUUUCAGUUUUCUGUAUCACUAGUCGAGCAACUUUUUGGGGAGUCUGCUUCCAUGGAGAUGGGAAAAUUAUUGUUAAUGGACACCGCUGAUGAUCUUUCUCGGAAGGAAGAGUUCAACAAAGUUGAGUGGGCUGUUGAUCAUACCCCUCGUGUUCUCAUUCCAAUUGCAAAUGGAUCUGAAGAUAUUGAGGUGGUUACAGUUGUAGAUAUUCUACGGCGAGCUAAGUUAGACGUUACACUUGCUUCAGUUGAAAGAUCUUUGCCAGUUUUGGGGUCCCAUGGCAUAAAAAUUGUUGCAGACACGUUACUUAAGAAUGCUGCUGAUUCAAUAUUUGAUUUGAUUAUCCUACCGGGAGGAGUUUCUGGUGUAGAGCGGUUACAAAAAUCCAAGAUUUUAAAGAAGCUGCUUAAAGAACAAGUUUCUAAUGGACGAAAAUAUGGGGCAAUUUGCUCUUCGCCUUCAAUUCUUCAGAAACAAGGCCUGCUCCAAAACAAGAAAGCAACUGGUCAUUCGUCGAUGGUGAGCAAGCUUGAGAGCGAGGCUGUAGUUGGUUCCCAAGUUGUUAUCGAUGGUGAACUCAUAACAUGUAGGGGUCUUUCAAGUACCCCAGAAUUUGCGUUGGCUAUUAUCGCCAAGUUUUUUGGGCAUGGGAGAGCACGAAGUGUAGCAGAGGGACUCGUUUUCCCAUACUUAGCAAACUAAAUGCAGGCGAAAGCCAUUAAAGUGGGCUGAAUUCGGUUUGAUCUAUUACAUGUUGGGCAGGUCCAUAUGAUAACCCCAAAUCCAGGUUGAUGGCAAGGGUUAUGAGUUAAAUUCAAGAAUGAAGCUCACAAGAUACUUCUUAUUGGCACACAGAAAGUGUGUUAAUGGAAAGGCUACUGAUGCUGCAAGAAAGGUUUAUUCACCUUAUGUUAGCCUUUUGAGUUCCUCUUGGCAUGCCUGUUUGGCAUGUUGUCUCUUGUAUAAAUGUAGGUUUUGGACUUGGUUUCUUUGUAACUUCCUUAAAGUAGAAAUAGAAAAGUAAAAUCUCUCAAAAGAUUUCACAUCCAACCCCUAUUACUUUCUUUUGG